UGGAGAGGGCAGGAUUCUGAGGAGAACUCAACUUCCUGGAGCUACAGCAGUGACUACGCCGGAGGAAAGGAAAAAAUACAAAUAUAUAUACACGCAAAAUAAAAACAACAAAAGUAGUCAAUGGAGGAGACAACUUAAAAGUUAUCGCCACCUCAUGUAAUGGGUCGAAGGCCUCGGCCUCGUGAAACGGACACCUAACGUAGGUUAUAUCGCGGGGAAAUGUUCAGAAAUCCCGAGGCGGGUGUGAGGAGCCUGUGCGCCGAUGUGGAGUGAGCGGUGUGCGGCCGAGAGCUGCUCCUCCCUCCGCCGUACGGUCCGGCAGCAAGCGGCGUAGCCUAGCCUAGCCUAGCCUAGCCUAGCCGAGCCUAGCUUACUUUAGCUACGGAACGCAGUAUCACUUUUUGUCACUUUAGCUUAUGGUUUUAUGGUUUGGUGUAAUCCGAACAAAUCCUCUGCAUUACCUUCCAGCCAAAUUGGGACAUGUAAUAUUUAUAUUGCCUUCGCACUUUUAUUUUCUAAGCUCUCUCUCUCUUUUCUCUGCAUCACUGGCUAAGUUCAGACCUAGCGCUUGGUAAGUCAGCGCGUUAGCCGGCGACUGUUAGCCAAGUUUUUAAAGUGGUCAGAUUUCUGCAAAAUUCACUGUGUAAUGCAGGGCUCGGUGAGAGUAUCAGUCCCUGGCUGCAACUCCUAUAGCAGAGGUCCUUGACUUGACCCGCUGAAUGUGUUUAGUCGUCAUUCUUUGUUCGCGUUGUUUUUAAUGGUUGCUGUUAGCCGGCUAGCUGGCUAGCAAUGUCUGUCCCCUCCGCCGAGAUGCUUGAGACACCACCUGGAUAUCCCUUUGAAGAGAUUGAUUAUGCAGAUAUUGAAGUGGAAGAGGUGGUGGGCAGAGGAGCGUUUGGUGUCGUCUGCAAGGCCAAAUGGAAAGGCAAAGAUGUGGCCAUCAAAACAAUAGAGAGUGAAUCUGAAAGAACCGCCUUUAUAGUGGAGCUUCGUCAGUUGUCCCGUGUAAAUCAUCCCAACAUUGUGAAGUUGUACGGCUCCUGUGACAAUCCUGUAUGUCUGGUAAUGGAAUAUGCAGAAGGGGGCUCUCUGUACAACGUGUUGCAUGGUGCAGAGCCCCUCCCCCACUACACAGCGUCCCACGCCAUGAGCUGGUGCCUGCAGUGUGCACAAGGCGUCUCCUAUCUCCACGGCAUGAAACCAAAGGCUCUCAUCCACAGGGACCUCAAGCCACCCAACCUGCUGCUGGUUGCCGGAGGCACUGUUCUGAAGAUCUGUGACUUUGGAACGGCAUGUGACAUCCAGACACACAUGACCAACAACAAAGGCAGUGCAGCCUGGAUGGCUCCGGAGGUUUUCGAAGGCAGUAACUACAGCGAGAAGUGUGACGUGUUCAGCUGGGGCAUUAUUCUUUGGGAGGUGAUCACCCGCAGGAAGCCCUUUGAUGAGAUUGGAGGUCCAGCCUUUAGGAUCAUGUGGGCUGUGCACCGUGGAACUCGUCCUCCGCUCAUUAAGAAUCUACCCAAGCCUAUAGAGAGCCUGAUGACACGCUGCUGGUCCAAAGACCCCUCCCAGCGGCCUUCCAUGGAAGAGAUAGUCAAGAUCAUGACCCACCUGAUGAAGUAUUUUCCCGGAUCGGAGGAGCCUCUGCAGUACCCAUAUCAGUAUUCAGAUGAAGGCCAGAGUAAUUCUGCUACCAGCACAGGCUCCAUUGUGGACUACACCAGCACUAGCAACAAGAAUGAUGGCAGCAUGGACCACAGCACCUCCGCUGGCAGCAAUGACACCAUCAAGACCAUGGAGACCAGGUUUCCACAGAUCAAACCAAAGGUUGACCCACUGAGGCCUGGGCUCCCUCUGUCUAGAGGGGGCAGUGUUGAGAGCCUGUCAGGUAGAACACACUGCCUGGCCUCUUCCGACAGCAAACGAAUGAGCACAGACCUCUCUGAACUCGAUCACAAGAUACCCUUCUCUACAGCACGGCCGCAGUAUAAACGAGGCCAUCGCAAAACGGCGUCAUACGGCACCAUUCUGGACAUUCCCAAGAUCGUCGUUACAGCCACCUGUGAACCUCACAGACGCAGGUCAGUUCAGGACCUCCCUGCCGUUGGGACGGAGUCAGGUCAGGAGAGCAGGAACAGCAGCAGGUCGUCUAGUCCCAGCGUCAGGAUGAUCACGUCUGAUAAGACGAGCAGAGGUUACAGUUUCUCCCCUGAUGACCCCACAGACACUAAUGGCUCUGAUAACUCCAUCCCCAUGGCCUAUCUGACACUGGAUCACCAGUUACAGCCCCUUGCCCCAUGCCCAAACUCAAAGGAGUCGAUGGCAGUGUUCGAGCAGCACUGUAAGAUGGCACAGGAGUAUCUGAAAGUGCAGACAGAGAUCGCCCUGCUCAUCCAGAGGAAGAAUGAGCUGAUAGCCGAGCUCGAUCAGGAUGAGAAGGACCAGCAGAACACGUCUCGCCUGGUCCAGGAGCACAAGAAGCUUCUAGAAGAGAACAAAAGCCUGUCCACCUACUACCAGCAAUGCAAGAAGCAGCUGGAGCUGAUCCGUGCGCAGCAGCAGAAGAGACAGGGCACCUCGUGAUGCGCCCCAAAACGCCCCCUCCCAAAGCCGCCCCACAGACAGACUGCCUCUCUUAUACCUGUGUUCUCUUUCCUUUUACCCUGAUAUAUCCCAUUUCACCUGUAUGAGCCCAUAUUGUUUCAAAAUCACAGGUUCCCCACGCUUUUCCUCUCAACCCUUGGAGUUCAUCCCCUCUUGCCCCAUGCACGAGCAUGCUGCCUCCUGCGUCUUUAAGUCGAGCAUGGGGUCUAGAGCAUGUGGGUCAAAGAACUACAUUUGCCCAGUAGCCACUGCUCUGCUAGAUCAGUCACUGUGGCCCAUUCUGGGAUAAGAGGGCAGUCCGUCUGUGCUCAGUGUAGUGCCCCAUUAAUCCUAACGAACCAAAGUUCAGUCUUCUGUCUCGCAAGUGAAGUGGGGCCACUUAGUUUUGAGGCCAAGGUGUUGGGGUCCCUUUUGUUUUGAGUGGCACCAAGUAAGAGUGUCCAAUCAAAGGUCAGGAAGGAACACAUUGACGCAUGUCUGUCUUCAUCCCAGUGGUUCCCCGGGAUGUUGCUUAUGUAUUCGACACUCCUCUGACAUCCUAGAGUCCCCCAGAGGAUCAGCUUCGGCUGUCGAUCCUCAAGAAUGUGAAAGCAAAGUGGUUUUAAGUUACAUAGAUUCUAAACUAAUUUUACUGUUUUUAGUCUCCGUGUUUGCUUCAUAUUUGCAAACUUAGUUUUGAGUGUAUUUUCAUUUUUAACCUUAUGCAAAAAAAAAAAAAAGUACUACAUAUCUUCUGAAGAUAGUACCUUCAUCCGUGCUGAUGGAAGGCGUUUUAAUGUCCGUCGUUCGAUAAAGGGGGAUGUAUUUUGCGUAUGCCUUGCACGUCGACCCUGUCUAUGAAGAAAUAAGGGAAGAUGUGCUUAUGUAUAAAAAUGACUUCAGCCUCACAAGAUGCAAUAUGUCACUCAGCUUUUAAUACAUUUUAUCUUUAUUUUAACCCCAUCUGCCCAGCUUUAAAGGCCAGUUAGAGCAGCUGACGAAACAAGGGAAGACUUGCAGUAUAGGUUACGUGAUUGUAAAGCCGACCAGGCUAAUAGGACUUAAGUAUUCUUCGGGUGUUUCUGUUUAUUUAUCGUCCAGUAACGUCAUUCAGUGACGUUCCUUCCACACAGGUGUCUAUAGGUAGAAGCUGUAGUAUCACACAGGGUUCAGCCCUGCCUGCUCCGUUUUAGGUAUUCUUAGUUCACAUGUUGCCUUAGAGUUUAAAUUGCUUGCAUUUACUUGACCUAUUUUGUUGCAUUAUGGAAAGUGAGGCGUUUACUUUUACUAGGAUGGGCUCGUUCAUUGUAAUUAACAGACUUACUAACGUGUGCACGAGUGGCUUUUAUUUUUUUUUUUCUCCCCUUUUCCAUUUCUUUUUGGCAAGGCUUGCAUAUGCAAAGGAACAGAAUCAGGAAGCUGAAGCGUCCAGACGUUUAUCUGGCCAAGUUAACAUUGUCGAUAUGCUGCAGAAAUCACUGAGGCACAAUUAUCACAAUUAUGUCUGUCAUCCCUCUCCCAUGCCUGUUCAUUUAGUCACUCCUAAGUUACGUACCACCUCUGAUGCUGUUUGUGUUACACAAUACGUUUCGUGAGUUUGUAAUUUAAAAUAUCCCAUCCCACCCCCCUGGUUUUGCACGUUCACCUGUUGCCCCUCCAGUCAGUAGUUCCUCCCUUAAAGAGAGGUAUCUGAACAGGAAAAGAUCGAUACGAAUGCUUCACGACCUUCAGUUUUCAUUACUCUUUGCUCCUCCUUGUUUAUUUUUAUUAUAAUUAUUAUUAUUAUUAUUAUUUUGUUUUCGGGCAAUAUAGUGGUAUGAUUGUGUACCAACUGUUUUGUUUAGUUUCUUCCUGGAGUUCCAUUUAUAUGAUGAGUUUCUGUACUAUGUGCUGUACAUAAGACGUCUGAUUUCUUAAGCUAUUGCGAGUGGGACUACACAGAAGAAGAUUGCAUCUUGAAAUAAAACAGACAGGUGGACAUUGUGCAA